UUUUUCCGCUCUUUCAGUGAAAGCAUCAAAUUGAAAAUCGAUGUACAUAGCGAUGAGUGGCCCUAUCUACACUAUGCCCGCUUCGUAACCACUCAAGCGGCUAAGCGAGACAAUGCAAGUACCACCUCCACCAGCACCGGCACCAUAACUGGUGGCAAUGCGCUGGUGUUGGUCUAUAACUAUGACAUAUACUACUGCCAAGGGCCACGCUCCACCAAUCAUGUGUAUCGCAUAACGCGUGAUGCAGUGCCUGGCAUCGUCUACAAUGGCAUACCCGAUUGGCUCUAUGAAGAGGAAAUCCUGCACUCGAAUAAUGCAAUUUGGCUUUCGGAGAACGGACACUUAAUGCUUUACGGUGCGUUCAAUGACUCGCUGGUGCAGGAACAACAUUUCGCUUGGUAUGGCACAACAAGUGGCGGCAAUCCGAAUGCGUAUCUUUAUCCAGAAAUCAGAUCAUUAAGAUAUCCAAAACCAGGCACGCAAAAUCCUAUAGCAAAGCUACGCGUGGCCGAUAUACAUAAUCCGGAAGACAUUAAAAUAAGAGAUCUACAACCGCCACAAGUACUACAAAAUGAAGAUCACUACUUUAGCAGUGCCAGUUGGGUGAGUGAAACGGAAAUCUGUGUAGUUUGGUUGAAUCGUCCACAGAACAUUUCGGUGGUCAGCAUCUGUAAGAGUCCACUGUUUAUAUGCGUUGAGACGCAUCGUGUGAGCGGCGAUGGACGCGGUUGGGUGGACACAGUAUCAGUGCCAUUGUUUGCAGCGAAUGCAACUUCCUAUGUUGCCAUAUCGCCAUUGCGUGACGGUGCUUCCGGUUACUUCCGACAUAUUGUGCACGUGCAUGUGGCCAAAAAACGCGUGCUACCACUAACGCACGGGCAAUACGAGGUGAAUGAGUUGCUACAUUGGGACCAGCUGAAUAAUUGGAUCUACUUCCUGGGCACACCGGAACGCAUGCCGGGGCAACAGCACCUGUAUCGCGUAUCCGCUUUGCCACCGCGACAUGGCUCCGCACAUCAGCUGCCCGACUGUUUGACAUGCCCGACGCAAUUGCGCAGCAGCUACCAAAAUGCCGAGGGUCAUACCAAACCGCCGCCGAAACUGGUGACCGCUUGGGAUGACGACUGGGAGGACUCGGAGGAGCGUCAAACUUUACCACCACCCACGUUGACGCCGGAACACAAACAUCAAUCGAAAUCAUCAUACGCGCAUGCGGAGCCCAAUGAAUGUCUCUAUCACACAGCCAAAUUUCCGUUGGGAUUGCAAGCGCGUUAUGUGCUCAUCGAAUGCUUGGGUCCAGUGGUGCCGACGACUAGUGUUUAUGCGCUCACAGGCUUCUAUGCUGGCGAGCAUGGUAAGAAGUUAUUACCUAAGAAAAGCGAGGCUUUGGAACUGCUAGUGACUGUGCAGAAUAAUACGCGUUUGAAGGAGAAGAUGUUGCGUACCGCGCUGCCACAGAUAAAAACUUUCCCGGUUAUGAUAUCGGGUGGCUAUCAUGCGCAGGUACGUUUAUAUUUACCGCCGGUGCUGCGCGAAGAUGAGAUCACACGCUAUCCGACGAUACUGCACGUGUACUCGGGUCCGGGUACACAACUAGUGACGGAGAAGUGGCACAUCGACUGGAAUACUUAUUUGUCGGGAACGAAAGAUUAUAUAGUCAUUGAGAUCGAUGGGCGUGGUUCAUCCGGACAGGGUUAUCAGCUGUUGCAUGAGAUCUACAAACGUCUUGGUUCGGUUGAAGUGUCCGACCAGCUGGAAGUGAGUGAAUAUUUGCGUGAUAAUUUGCAUUUUAUCGACGGCCGUCGCAUGGGUGUGUGGGGUUGGAGUUAUGGCGGUUAUACGGCCGCUCUGGCGUUGGCGGGCACACAGUCGAUCUUUCAGUGCGGCAUCAGUGUGUCGCCGGUGACGAAUUGGAAGCUUUACGAUUCCACAUACGCUGAGCGAUAUCUUAGCUUUCCGAAUGUGACUGACAACUAUAAAGGCUACGAGGAGGGUGAUCUCUCCAAGUAUGUGGAUAAUUUGCGCGAUCGUCAAUUCCUUUUGGUGCAUGGCACCGCCGAUGACAAUGUGCAUGUGCAACAGUCAAUGGUAUUAGCGCGUGCGCUCACCAAUAAAGGUGUACUCUAUAAACAGCAAAUCUAUCCCGAUGAGGGACAUACUUUGGCGGGCGUGAAACGACAUCUCUAUCGCUCAAUGACGAGUUUCUUCGAGGAUUGUUUUAAGAAGCUGGUGCCGCCCGAAUCGAAAGCUGGACUUGGAAAUGGCGGCGGUAGUGAUAUACAACAGCAAUAAAGUUACGAAAAUGCUUUAAUAUUGAUUAAUUUGAAUACUAGUAGUGUGGAGAAUACUAAAGCGCCUGAAAGUAUGCUCAAACACUUUUCAAUACUUUUUAUGAUUUCGUUUAAAUUAUUUUGAGUUUACGCAACAGUAUUUGCGCAUCGCAAAAUCAAAAUUAAUUACAAUAACAAAGAUGUCGAAAAUUACAAAUUUUUAUGGUUGUGAAAUAAAUACAAAAGCAACUAAAUGCAAGAGCGCCAAAAAGUAAACAAAGCGAAACAAAACCAAAAAUUAACUAAGAUAUUUAAUUUUCGAAAAUAUUGUUAAAUGAUUUUGAAAUUAGGCUUAGAUUAAAGAUUGGAGGUAUUAAAAAAACACUUCUUAAAAUAGCAAACAAAGUGUGAGCGCCUAGAAGCACACUAAAUUCCUUAAAAACUUUUUUUGGUUUAAGUUUUCUAAAAAGUUUUUAAAAUAUCCAUAGAUACGUUUUUAGUUCAUUUUAACAUUUUUCCGUUAUAUAUAACAUAUGUACUUCUAUAAUAAUUAGAAAAUUUACUUUUAUUUAUAUUAAUGUUUAAUAAAAACAACACCUACACGAAAAUAAUUAGUAUUUUAAGCGUUGACUUAAGAAUUGUGUAAAUUUUAAAAAUUUGAACAAAUAGCAUAAAAAGUACAUUUCUAAAGUAGUAGUGAAAAUAUCUAAGAAAUAUUAAAUAGUUUUUGGAUAAAAAACUCUAAUUGAAUGAUAGAAGUAUUAAUAAAAAAAUUAUUAAAAAAAUUUAAUCAAAAUAAAAAAGCGAAAGGAAAUAAACAAUAUUUAAGAUAGCCUAAACUAAAGUUAUCAAAAAUAAAAUAAGUACUACAAUAUGAUAAUACUCCGAAAAAAAUAAAAUUACAGUAUUGAAAAAAAAAUUUAUAUAACGGAAAAGCUCAAAAUUAGCUGCGAUAUUAAGAUUGAAGAUAUACCUAACUGUAGCUACAGUUAUAAAUAAAAAAACACAAUGCUAUGCAUACAAACCAGAAAUUAGUCCCUUAGAGUGCAGAAAAUUUAAUUAAAUGAAAUUUAUUUAAAAGCUUGAAAAAUGUAAAAUAUAAAGUAUUUUAAAUUUGAUAAUGAGUAGCAUGUUUUUUAGUAACGCAUUUAUCGCUUGCUGGCAAGAAAAGUUAUUAUAAGUGAAGCUUUUGGGGUUUUAGAGCUGUUCAAAUGAAAAAUGAAGCUUUUGAACUUUGAUAUUUUCAAGAUUAAAAUAGCUAUACUACUGUAAUUUAAAAUUCUAUUUAUUAUUAUGUUGAUUUUUAUUUUUUGUGCUUUUGAAGCCUAAAAUUAGGCAACAGAAAAUAUAUACGCUUCAGAAUUUCGACGUUUUCAAGAUAAAACCACCUACUUUUAUUUAAAGUUAUACAUAUUAUUAUGUUGUUAUAUGCAUUAAUCGCCUAAAAGUGUACAACAUUUUUUUGAUUACCUUUAUUUCCAGAAUGAUAUUACAAAUUUUUAUAUAUAUGUUUAUUUUCUCCUUUAGAAGACUUCAGAAUUUACUAAGCUCAACCUAAAUUAUGCUUUUGCAAUUUCAAAAUAUUUUUAACUGUGUUAUUUUUUAUAACAGAUUGGUCAGUCUCGAAAAAAGACACUGCAAAGUAAUUACAUCAUAAAAAUUCAGAAGUUAGGCGCUUAAAAGUAUGCAAACGUUUCGAAUUGCAUAUAUUAUAUUUGACCAAAAAAUCGACUCGAUAUCCCAUACAAUUCAUACAUCAACGUACUAGAUUACUAUUUAGGAAGAAAAACGAAAAACGCCUAAAAGUAUGCUCAUUGGACAAUUCUUUGAGAUUUAUUGAUUUAAAACAAUGUAUUGCAGAUUAUAAUUACUAUGGUACGCAAAUAAAUAUAUAGAAUAAAAAUGCAUUCUUAUAUAAAAACACGCUUAAAAUUAUGCAAAAGUACAGCUUCCAACAUAUUAUUAAUAGCGAUAAUGUCAACUUUUGACAUUGAAAUCGAUUCUCAACAUAAAGCCAGCGAUUAAAAGCAUUGAUAUAAGAAAAAAUUAUAUAUACAUAUUUGGGUGAGCCAGGAUAUUUGUUCCUGGGGAUUAAUGAGUAAAAGCGAAAUUAUAUAGGCACACAGACAAAAAAUAUCCCUGCAAGGAAAAACUUUUUUCACUUUUGAAAGCUUUUAAAUAUAUUAAUAUAUAUAUAGUUUGUUUGAGUUCAUCGAUGUAAAUGAACCUACAUAUAUACAGGGAAAAAAAUCCCUGCAAAAAAAAGUUUUCCACUUUCAAAAGCAUUCAAAUAAAUAAAUUUAUUAAUUCCUCGGUUAAAAAGGUAUAUACAAAGAAAAAAUAUCCUUGUAAGCAAUUUUUUUUGCCCUUUUAAAAGCUUUGAAAAAAAAAAAGCUGUCGAAAUCAUGGGUUGAAAUGAACAUUCUCUCGUAUACAAAGACAAAAUAUAUCCCUGUAAGGAGAAAUUUUUUCUCUUUUCGAACCUUUUAAUAUAUAGUAUAUAAACCUGUCGAACACAGGGGUGAAUUAUUUGAAGUUCGAUAUUAGUUUUUUUUUGGCUUACCCUAAUGUACAUACAUAUACGUAUGUCUAUUAGCCUUUCCGCUGGAUUAAAAACAGUUACAAUAACCCUCUAAUGAGACGGUUUUGCAUUGUGCGCGCAUUUAAAUGAAAGUGACGUUGACGAGUAAAUCCUUUGAUGCCACAAUAAACGUAAUAAUAAUUCAAAAUAAUUAAUGAAAGGCGUGAGCACACAUACACGCCUACCACUUUCGCUGACAAUCCCAUGCGACAUAAUUAGGUGCAAUACUUAGUGCCACGCAACAGCCAUUAGCGACGCAGCUUUGUUUUCCCGUGAAGGAAAUAUGCAAAGGAAGGCGUAAAAGAUUGCAGGAUUGAAUUAUGUAAGUGUGUGAGCUAUGUGAUAUUUGUGAUUGGAUAAGGGGCACAAAAGAAAAGUAUGUGAAUGACGGCAGCGAAAAAAAUAAUGACAGUUAAUUAAAAAUGCGUUUACUUUUUGCUUGACAAAACUAAGAGAAGAAAAAGAGAAUAUUAAACAAAAGGUGAAGUUGCAAAAUUUCGGUAACAUGCUUUUAGGCGUAUUAAUAGAUUUUUCUCACAUGUACAAUACAUCAAUUUACGUAAAUAAUUUUGAGUGCGCCUAAAGAUAUGUGAUGAUUUCUGAUUUAAAUUAUGAGGACUAUGAUGACUUUGAUACGUGUUGAGCUUUUUAUAGAGGCUUGAUUAAAGAGUCGAAUUCAGGCAGAAUUAGACUAAAGAAAUAUUAAGCUGAAGACUCUUUAGCUACAUUCAAACACAUGCUGAAUUUUUUUUUUUAAUAUACUUUCAUAUAGUUUCCAUUAUCUUUCUAAAGUUACAUGAAAGCUUCUAAGAUUAAAUAAAAAACUUUCUAGGUUUGCAUGAAAACUUCUACUAGCUUUUUAACUUUGCAUAAAAGCUUUAGGUAUCUUUUCAUAACUUGCAAAUGAGGCAUCGCAACAAUUGAAAAAAAUUUAGAACUUUUCGCUAUAUACAAUACUAUAGUAAGGGGAUUAUUGUGAAUAAGAAAAGUUUAAUAUAUGAAAGCUCGAGUUAGUUAGGUUUUGAAAAAAUAAAUAAUGAGGUUUGAAAGCUUUAGGUGACGCGAAAACAAAAAUACUUUUUAAUCAAAUUUAGCUUUUUAUGGCUUGGAUGGAUUUGAAAAUUUGAAUCGUGUGAAAGCUUUAAACUGAGCUGUUAACGAAAUCACAAAAAUAUUGAUAUUUAGAAGAUUAAAUUGUUUAUAUAACUGAAAGCUUUUUUGGAAAAUAAUUUUAUCUAAUGCAAAUGAGUACAUGUCAAAGCUCAAGUUUUCGUAAUAGUAAAGGUUUCUAAAAGUAAUGCUAACUUUUAUUCUAUUUAAGUGUACUAGAGAGUUGACUAAAGAGUCAAUUUCAGGCAGGGUGAACGAAAAAGUAUGUAGCACAAAGUCAAAGUACUACGAUUUCAUGAAAAUAAUAGAUUUGUUAGCAAAAACUCAUAAGCUUAGUGCAUAAAAAGCCUUAAGCUUAAUUUUAUAUAUUGCUAAAAAAAAACAUAUUACUUUUAUUUUACGGCGCUAUUAUACGAAUUCAUGGAUUUUUCUGAAAUUUUAAAAGAAAUAAUUUUUGUGAAAGCUCUACCUAACGCAAAUGUUAAACGUUUUUUAUUCACACUUUUUUUCAGCUUUAAAUUCAACUGUUACUCGAAAGCACGGAAAUAUUGAUAUUUUAAAGGUUAAGGCUUGAUGAAAUUAGAAAAUUAUAUAAGGUACUGGAAAAACUUAAAGCUAGAAUUUCCCUAAAAUUUUCACAUAAAGCUACAGUUUUUGUGGUAUUAAAUAAUUGUAUUGCAAUAGUUUGAAAUAUAUUAAUAUUUAGAUCAAUUAGAUGCAUCAAAAGGUGAGCUUUUAUUUCUAUUAAAUGAUUACAAAAUAUUUAGAAAGCACAAAAUGCAUUAAAGCAUGCUAUGCAAUGUAAAAGCUGAAAGGACUUCGAUGCAUUUUAAGUGUUUCAUUAAAAGCUGAAAAUAUUAUUAUUAGCAUAGAGAGUGUCAUAUUUCAAAGCUCGGGCUUUCAUAGGAUUCUGUGACAAGUAAAUGUGGUUUAUAAAAUACGGAUAAUAACGAACUAUUAAAACUUUAAGUAGAAUACAGAAUAGUUAUAAAUAAAACACUUGUUCAAAACAGUUACUGUAUUAUACACCACAUACUUUUAUACGAGUAUUAAUGAGAUUAUUUAGAAUUUUUUUAGAGAUGUUAAGUGAGAAAAGUAAAAAAGAAUAGUUGAUAAAAUUAAAUUCAACCUAUGAAACUAUAAAGAAAGUUAAUGUUUCAAAAGAUUUUCCUACAACUUAUUAGUAAUUUUAGAAGAAUAAUGUAAAAUAUAUAAAAAAUUGCGAACUAAGUUUAAUUUAAAUAAAUAUCGAAUAUACCUAUUAAUUUUAAACUACAAUGUUUAAAGGAGAAAUUUGUUACACUUUAAUGGAAAUAUAUUCAAUUAAAAACAAAAUAUUAAUCAGUAGAAAAUGAAUGGAAAUAGCUGAGCUUUCACUCACCGAGCUUUUAUACUACAGUAAAGUUUACAGCGUUCGCUAAUCCAAUGCAUUAUGUUAAUAUAUGGUUUGAAAAUCUAUGCUAGUAAUUUCAAGUUCGAAAAGUUUCUUAACGUAGACGUGUAAAGCUUUCCCUCGAACUAAGUUUAUUGCAAUUUUUUAGUUAAUUUAAAUGAAGUAAACGCUUCAAAAAUUAUACCGAAUUGGUAUACAAAAAAUUUACAAGUUGUAAAAAGCUUUACUAAAAGCCUUAGACUUUAAUAAACAAAAAUGCAUAGUGAACUUAAGCUUUUACUCGAAAAAAUUGUAUUGUAAAGAAGUAAUUGCUUAAAAUAUUUGCUCCUAAUUUGCAUAAACAAAAUUAAAAAGUUUUAAAAGUUGUAAAAAGCUUUACUAAAAGCCUUAGACUUUAAUAAAAAAAAUGCCUCGUGAAAUUAAGCUUUCACUCGAAUAAAUUGUAUUGUAAAGAAGUAAUUGCUUAAAAUAUUUGCUCCUAAUUUGCAUUAAAAAAAUUAAAAGGUUUUAAAAGUUGUAAAAAGCUUUACGACUUUACUUAAAUAAAAAAUAAUUUCUGACAGUUGUCUAGUGAAAGAUUGCGAAAAUUGUAUGCUCAUUGCUAACCGAAAGUAGGAAAAUGCAGGUUUUAAUCUAACUAAAAAUUCAGUAAAAACUUUAUACACAAUAAGUUUUUUCAGAUAAAAAAUAGUUAACCAGAAAAACUCGACAGCUUUAAGAAGAGUAGACUACCAUAGGACUAUAGAGGUAUGUAAAAGAUUAAAAGAUUGCCGCCGCAAAGAAGUAAACCGCAAAUAAGUAAACAAAUUGAAAGUUUUCACAUCUGUUCAGGUGAAAGCUAAAGCAUGGGCAGAUAUUUUUUUUUGGGUAUUUUUUCUAAUACAACUCAAAGCUUACUUCUAAUCAAAAGUAUAAAACUGCAGAUUUUAAUCGGCAGCUUUAAGAAAGCUAGAUUACCUUAGGAGUAUAGAGGUAUGCCAAAAGAUUAAAACAUUGUCGGAGCAAACACAAUAAUAAAUUGAAGCUUUCACAACAGUUGAGGUGAAAGUUUAACGCAUGCGGUUUAUUGCUUAUUUUUUCCUUUUUUAAUGGGGGGCGAUUUCCUUUUUUAAAUGUAAACGCCUGAAUUUAAGCCAAUUUUUGGAGGCUUAUUUGAAAUGGAAAAAAUAAAUUAAUGAUAAUGAAACCCAGCAUGUUCAUUAACUACAUAUUACAAUAUGAAAAUCCGAUUUAAAAAUAUUUUUUUUUGUUUAAAUGGCUGGCGUGACAAUCAAUCUCUUGAGGCUCUUACAGCAAAAGGCACCAAUUGGCGUGAUUUUUAGCUUCAGUUUCAGCUAUCUGGUAUACAAAAAAAGGUUGGCGCUUGUUUAUGAAAUAUGUAUCUUCUAGUUAUACCAAAAAACAAAAAAGUCAAAAUUAUUUCCGAAAUUUUUUGUGGCAUUUUGGUGUUAUAACUAGAAGCUGUGGGCCAAUUUUCAUAAGAAUCGGUUGAGAACGUUCCGAGUUAUCUUGCACGCCAGUUUUAAAAAAGUGCGUUUUGAAAAAAACACGAUUAAAGUUUCGACCAUGGAAACUCAACAUUACAAAGAUUUACCGUCUAAUCAGCGAUUCCAACAACAUACAGUAGUCCUUCGGUGCAUUCGUAGUACUCGUUUCUUCCUAAGCUCUUCCUGACAUGCUUGACGAGCUUUUUUAGUUUAGCUGCGGCGAUUUUCUCGGUUCACUCUUUGUUCGUCGAUUUUAUCCAUGUAGGACAUGCAUUGGCGACCAAUCACCAUUUGUAAUGAGUUCAUAACUAACAAAAUAUAUGUGUAACCAUCAUUAAAUAAUCCAGCAGAUAUAAAAGCACUAAUUUCAACAAUUUUGAAUCUAGAAUUAAGAUGUUUCGGACAAAGUCGAAAAAUGGUAGAGUUGAAACAUUCGUUUGCAUUUAGCGUGUGACCGCUCAAACAUCUUUCAAGUAGAUCAUCCCUGGAUAAAUCUUCAAAAAUAGGCUUUACAUGGGUUUGAACAUCAGUAUGUAAUGGUGUAGGGUGUUUAAUUUUUUUUAAAUCUUCACACAAAUCUUCAGCUUUACGCUACUUGCACCAGCUUCCGGAACCGGACGGGCAAUACAUGUGUCUUGAUUUGUCGUCUGUAUAGCACAUAUGAUAGUAUGUGGCUAUAAUUACAUUCUUCAUAUCUUUCACGCAGUUUACGUUUCUUUGGAUAGCUAAGCCAAAAUACAAAGACAUUUUUUUAAUCAAAGCUUCAGUAAGUUUACCUCUUCCACCCAGGUAAUUAUCAGUUCUAGUUUUUCUGAGUCGAGUGCUCAUUCUUUUCGAACGUGACCAAUGCACUCGCUUUUUACAACUUGGCAAUCUUCACCGUACGGAUUCAAAUGAAAAUACCUUUAAAGUUUUUCGGAACUCUACUCCUCAUGUAAUUCCUGUACUUGACGUCAAAUAAUACUUCAGAAGAACUUGUAUGGUUUUCUUGACAGCUUGGUUCGUGUUCUUCAAACCAUUCCUGGUAUUCUUUAGUAUCAGUUUUAUUUUUGCAAAGAACACAACCUGCGCAGAAACUACUCAAUCAAUAACUUUACCACAAUAAUAUCCAAUUAAUGUUGUGACUCCUUAUAAUGACUUGAAACCCCUCUUCUUCCAGGUGUCAUCUCCAGAAAUUUUUAAAUUUAGAAUUGCCCGAUCAUGCUUUUCAUUUUAAGUCUUGUCUUCACUGACAGCUUUUUACAUACAUAUUAACAUCUCUGAUAGAGCUGUGAGUGAACACUGUGAAAACUCAAUGAAACGAUACCCAUGAUGUGCUUUACAAUUAACAUUUUCUUCGCAUGCGUUUGAGAGUUUUCUCGCACUUCUACUCUCCGGUUUGGAAUGUUUUCAUUACUAUUUUUAUCACUAUACUGAUUAGCCCGGAAUUUUUUUUUUUUGGUAGGCUUGAAGCACGAGAAGGUGCAGGCUUGGUGGUUUUAGAAUAAGAUUGCAUUUUGCUUAACUGUCACUGACAAAAUUACUUUAGACACUACAAACUCCACAAGUAAGUUGAACAGAACUGAACUGAAAUAACAAUAACACUGGUUUUAACGCACUUUAUAGUAAUAAACAGUGGAUAAUUUCGUAGAAAUGAGGAAUCAAAGAGUUAACGCAUAUAUACUUAACCGGCUUUUCAAUACAAAUGGCCACAGGAUCAAAAUCUGAGAAGCCAAGUCACCGAGAAUCGCGCGCACCGGUACGAACUCAUUGACGCUCGAGCGUCGUGUUGAGGCGGAACAAUUAAAAAUUUUCUUAAUAAAGAAUGCGAUUUUCGUUCUUAAAAUUUACAGGCAUAUUUUUAAGAUGUUAAACUAUUUAUGAAACAAAAAAAAUCGAUUUUUUUUUUAUUUUACAUGUAUUGCGCAAAGUUUCAACAAACUCUUAUCCGAAAGCUAAAAAGUAAUAACAAUAAUUAAUUAUGAAAGCUCGUUAAAGUUUAUGAUUCUCCAAAGCUUUUGCAGAUGUACUGCAUAACAGUUGACUACUAUUAUAUUAUAAUAUAACUGGUAGAACGAAUUAAUGCAAAUGUGAAUAAAUGAAGUUGGUCUAAUUCUCAUAUAAAAAAAUUAGUUAAAUAAAAAACAUUAACUAAAAUUUAUUUUAAAGAAAAAAACUUGUAAAAAAUUAACGUUAGUACUAUUACAACUAAAUAAUGAAAACUCAAACCUUGUGAUCCAAAAACUUUCUUCUCUUCCAAGAAAAGAAUUAUUAGUUACCUAUGUAGAUACUUGUAUACAAAUACCUAACUGUAUAUUGUAGUAUAAAGAAAUUUGUUACUUUUAAUGCUGAAUACGACUAAUUAGUGAAUUUAAUAAAGUAAAAAAAUUAAAAAUGAAUACAAAUAAAUUAUAGCGAAUUGAAGUUAUUUGAAAUGUAAUGAAAAUAAACGCCUAAACUACAAAAAAAAUUUAAAAUUUACAAUUAUUAUAAAAUUAGUAGAAAUAAGCAUAUAUUUAGUGGAGCAUGUUGAGAGUUCGUUUACUACAAAAUACAAAUUAAAUAAUAACAAUAUAUAAUUAAAUAAAUUACGUUUAUAAUUAAUGCAAUAUUAUGAAACUAAUUAGUGCAUUUACUUCCAGGAAUUAAUUGACCAACUAAUCCUAAAAAACAUAUGAAUAUCAGAAUAGCAAACACUUAAUUAAUGAAUGUAUACCAAAUGCUAUGCCUGAAAGCGGUAUAAAAUACACUACAAUAGAAAUGUGAGCUACACUUACGAUGCGAUACUUAAUUGAAACUGUAGUAUAUGGUAACUUUAAAAACUGAAUAAUACAAAGAUUAAGCAGCGCUUUGAAAGAACUAAUAAAUAAAAAUUAAUACAUACAAUAUA